AUGGCGUCUCUGCUGCGUCUUCUUCUCCCGCUGUUCCUUUCCUGCGUUGUUUUGUUCAGCCACCAAGUCAAGUGCGAUGGAGUAGAUGAGGAAGAUAGUCUUCUUCGAGGCAUCAACGGCUAUCGGGCUUCCACCUUGAACUUGAAAAUCCUUACAAAGAACGCCAAUGCAGAGUGCCUUGCCGAUGAGAUAGCUGACCAAUUCAAAAAUCAACCCUGCACAAACACCACAGGCGCCAACACGGUACCAGGCACUGAACCUCAGUUUUCCGACUAUCCCAAACUUUUAGCCAAAUGCCAUUUGAAUGUCUCUAACACAAGAGAUGGGGUCAUAAUGCCUGCUUGCGUUCCCAGCCUGGUUCCUAGUCUGGUCCUUACCAACUUCACUAAGUCUCAGUACUCUGAGAGUCUUAAUGACACCAAGUAUACAGGAAUUGGAAUUGGCUCUGAAGAUAAUUGGAUUGUUGUUGUUUUGACCACCAACACACCAGAUGGAAGCUUUACGAAUGCACAAGGGUCACAAGAUGAAGAAGAAUCUGCGAGUUCAGUUCCGAAGAUUAGUUUGGUUCCCUACUUGCUAUGUUUGCUGAUGGGUUUUAUCUUUCAUUUGUAA